GCGGUGGGAAUGGUGGCUAGGCUUCCUUCCGGUUUGCUGGAGGAGGCCGGAAGUGGCCGUUCUGGGGCAGCUGGAUAGUUAGUUGUUAAAGUCGGUGAGAGCGGCAGGCAGAGCAUCGCCGAGACACCCCCGAUUCUCGCGGCUGGGCAGGGAUUUAACCACCACCAUGUCGAGCAAAAGGGCAAAGACCAAGACCACCAAGAAGCGCCCUCAGCGCGCAACAUCCAAUGUGUUAGCCAUGUUUGACCAGUCCCAGAUCCAAGAGUUCAAAGAGGCCUUCAACAUGAUCGACCAGAACCGGGACGGCUUCAUCGACAAGGAGGACCUGCAUGACAUGCUGGCUUCAAUGGGAAAAAAUCCAACUGAUGAAUAUCUGGAUGCCAUGAUGAAUGAGGCCCCGGGCCCCAUCAAUUUCACCAUGUUCCUCACCAUGUUUGGAGAGAAGUUGAAUGGCACAGAUCCCGAGGAUGUCAUCAGAAACGCCUUCGCCUGCUUUGAUGAGGAAGCCACAGGCACCAUCCAGGAGGAUUACCUGAGGGAGCUGCUGACCACCAUGGGCGAUCGCUUCACAGAUGAGGAAGUGGAUGAGCUCUACAGGGAGGCCCCCAUUGACAAGAAGGGCAAUUUCAACUACAUCGAGUUCACGCGCAUCCUCAAGCACGGAGCAAAAGACAAAGACGACUGAAGAACUCCAGCGGGAGCUCCUGUCACGUGACCCGACUCACUUCCUUUUCAGCUCCUUCCCCCACCUGUAGGACCGUCUGCAUGCCACUUAGUUCACAGCUUUGCCUCUUUUGUAAUGUAUUUAUUUCAGACUCUUCUGUCAUUUAGCGCUUGUAUAAUCAGACUGGAAAUGGGGACAAUGCUGUAAAUUGUGUUGAAAAUGCCAUGCGAAUAAAAAUCAACAAUGUGAAAGCCCAGGAAAAUAUAUCCAUAGUUCUGGUUUGCUGGAUUUUUUACAUUUUUAUAUAAUAAAAAUGUUAUUUUGAAAUAAA